AUGAUAACAAAAGAAAAAAAUAAUGAAAAUAGAUUAUCUUCAAGUUCAUUAAAAGGUGAAAUUAAUGAAAAAAUUCUUAAUUCCCCUUUUAAUAAAAAUUUAAAAAAGAUACAAGAAGAUUAUACGCAUAAUUUGAAAAAAUCAGAUAGAGAGUAUAUUAUAAGAUGUGAUCCAAACUUCGGUAGAAAAUGUAGCUCUAUUCAAAAUGAUAUUAAAGAUUUUAUUACUGAUACAGCUAUAAAUGAUUGUAAAUCAAAAGAGAAAAAUAAGGUGAGUGAUAAUGUGCAUGUUAAGAAUCGUAGUUUUCAUUUUAGUUCUGAUGAUAAGUACAUUUUUAUAAGUGAUAGCAGAGAUUAUUUCAAAAUUGAAGAAUUUCAGGAAAUUAAAAUGCCAAAUAAUUUAUCUAUUGAAAAUUCAAUAUCACAAAAUACAUUAAAUAAUAAGGAUGCUUCUUUAUGUUUUUCAAAGGAAAAUAGUACGAAGUUUUUGAAUAAAAUAAAGAACAAUAUAUCCAAUAAUAGGAAUAAAUAUAACAAAAAAAAAUAUAGUGAAUUAAUCAAAAAUAUUAACGUAGAUAUAUAUUCUAAAUGUUGGAUAAGCCAAAAAUUUAAAAAAAGGAAUACUUAUAUUAAUGAUAGAAAAAUAAUUAGAGAAUCUACUUCUUUUCAUAACUGUAAAAGAAAUUCCUUCUGGAAUGACAUAAAGGAUUCAUAUGAUAGAUAUUACGAUAAAGAACAUAAUUCAGCUUUUUCAUUUCCAUCUAACAGAGCAUCACAUACAUGCAAUAUCAUAGAAAAUAGACUUUUUCUAUUUGGUGGAUGGAAUGGGCAAAAAGCUUUAAAUGAUCUUUAUGUUUAUGAUAUUGAACAAAAAAAGUGGUUUUUUGUUGAUUAUAAAAAAGCAGAAUACUAUUUUGAAAAAAUCAAAGCUUUAAAAAAAUAUUAUUCUAAAAUGAAUUAUUAUUCACUUGAAAAAAAUUUAACAUAUAAAAACAUUCACAUCCCAAGUUUUGAAAGUGAAACUUCAGAAGAUGAAGAAAUAGAAGAGGAACAAAGAUCAAGAAAAAAAGAAAGAAAAAAUAUAGAAAUAAAAGAUAGGGAAGAAGAAAUUCAGGAAAUAGACAUAGAACAAGUAGAAGAUGAAGAAGAUAGAGAGGAUGAAUAUGGAGAAGAUGAAGAAAAUGAAGAUAAAGAAUAUAAAGAUGAAGAAGGUGAAUUAAAAAAUAAAAGUGAAAAGUAUGAUAUAAAAGGAGGAAAAAAAAAAGUUAAAAAAUUAAAAUUUACCAUAAAAUUAAAUGAUGAUUAUGACUAUUAUUCUCUUUUUUCAAAAAGAACUUCAGUUAAUUAUAAUAUCUUAAGUAGUAUUUAUGAAGGAGAUAUAAAAGAAAAAUUUUAUGUUCCUCUUCCUAGAAAUAACCAUGCUUCAUGCUGUAUUAAUGAAAAAAUUUAUAUUUUUGGUGGUCAUGAUUCAGAAAAAUGGCUAGAUGACAUGCAUAUUUUAAAUGUAAAUGGUGCAGUUAAUUCAUUGGGUAAGCUAAAUUUAAAAAACAGUAAAUGUAAUUCGUUUUAUAAAAAAUGUAAGGUAGAAUCAAGUUCAUGCAGUAGUUCCAGUUUAUAUUCAGAGGAACCCAUUGAAGAAAAAGAUAGCUGUUCACAUAAUCAUAUUUACUUUAUUGAAAUAAAAAAAAAAAAAUUUGAAUACUGGCCAUCUCAGAGAGCAUGUCACACAUUAAAUGCAGUAAGAAAUAAACUUUAUUUAUUUGGUGGUUUUGAUGGAAACAACUGUUCUAAUAAUGUAGAAAUUUUUGAUACGGAAAAAAGAAAAUGGAUUUGUGCUGAUACUAUAGGUUCUAUUCCUUGUCCGAGAAAUGCUCAUUCUAUGAUAAAUUUGAAUAACAAUUUAUAUUUAUUUGGUGGUCGUUCUAUUAAUUCUUAUUUAAAUGAUUUGUUUAUGCUUAAUACAAAAAAAUUAAUUUGGACAGAAAUAAAAUUUUCAAAUUUUUUAUUACCUUGUAUAGCAGGACAUACAAGCUGUCUUUUAUUUAAAAAAAUUUUUCUCUUUGGUGGAUAUAAUGGAAAUGAAAGAUUAAAUAGUACAUAUAUCAUUGAUAUUAAAAGAAAAAAUAUUACUUUAAUUCCUCCCAAAAAAAAUACUCCUCACUGCAGACAAAGACAUACUUGUUGUGUUUAUAAAGAAAAACAAAUAUUUGUAUUUGGUGGUUUUGAUGGAAAUACAUGGUAUAAUGAUCUGUGUAUUUUUGAUGCUAGUAAAAUAGAACAGAAGAUGUUAACUGAUAUUUCCAUUAAAAAUAUUUUUAAGAAGUUACACAAUUUAGUAAAUAAUCCACAAUUUUCUGAUUUAACAAUUAUAGUCCAAAACAAAAAAAUAUAUGCACAUAAAAAUAUUUUAUGUAUUCAUGAUUCAUAUUUUAAAUCUUUAUUUUCUGACAAUUCAGUUCAAGAUAAAAAAUGUAUAUUAGAAGUUAGUAAUUGGUCGUACGAGUCAUAUAUUAAAAUGAUUGAAUUUCUUUACACUGGAAGGUUAAAAAAUAUUUAUAAUAUUUCUUACACAAUUUUAACUGAAAUUAUGGGUUUAUCAAAUGAAUAUUCUAUACAUAUUUUAAAAGGGUUAUGCAUAAAUGCUCUUAUUAUUAAAAUUAAUAUUAACAAUGCAUGCUAUUUGUUAAAACAUGCAGAUAUGUAUAAUGCAAUUGAAUUAAAAUAUCAUUGCUUAAAUUUUAUUAAGGUAAAUUCUCAGCAUAUUAUAUUUACUAAAGGGUUCGAAGAACUGAAAUCGAAUCCCUCCUUAAUUGUAGACAUAUCAAAAUUAUGUCUUAAUCAUAUAUAA